AUGACUAUAGGACAAAUACUAUCAAGAUCCUUAGGGAAACCUCAAUUUCCUGAGGAAAGUAAGUCGCUUGAUAAUGAUCAUAAAACCAAAUCAAAUGAAAAGGGUAUAAAGAAAAGCCCAUCUAUGAGAUUAAUAACGGCAUCAAGAAGCAUCAUUAACAAACUUACGGUAAAGAAUCAGACUAAAUUAGCAUCUCCAGCAAUAAUAUCAAAAUCAACUUUCCCCGCUCAAUCAGCUUUAACCCCCAAGAAUAACUCCAAAUCAUCCAUUAACAAUUCAUCAUCGCAAGAUUCAGAUGAUCUAAUACAAAAUAUAAUAAUGCCAUAUUACAAUUACAAAGUCAAUGAUACUUCCAAUCCUGAAAUUUAUGAGAAAUCACGUAGUAAUUCAAUAAAGACUUCCAACACCCUCAAAGAUAUGAUUCGAGAAUCAUCAAUUUAUAAAUUUGAAGAAUCUGAAAGCAUAAUGCCACAGAAGCAAGCAACAGUUGAAUUACCAUCCACACCAAAAUCUAACUUAUUACCAAACUUAUCCAGUAUAUCACCAAUUCAAAAUUCAAACGCGUAUAGUAAUAACUCAAUAUUUGGGAAUUUGGAUGCGGUAUCGUUUGAUGAGAAUAUCUUGAGUAGAAGCACUUCAAGACAUGAAUCGUUAUUCUAUAGAACAGACAUGGUAACUGAUGUCAGUUCAGUCAAAGACGCGAAUAUUCAAAUUUAUAAACCAUACAACAUUCCAUCUCUUAAAAUUAUAAAACAACAAGAGGAUUUAGCAAAUUCUCUAAGAAAUGAAGGCGGUGAAGAUAUCAAUGACCAUGAGUCUAAUAGAGCCACUUUUAGACUACUGAGUAUCUACAAUCUUGAGAAUGAAAUAGAGUACAAAGAUCAAGGCAAUACUGAUUACGAUAUAAUAGCCAAUUAUGGUAACCUUGAUACUACUAAAAAGGAAGAAGAAAAUGAGAAUGGUGAAGCCGAAGAUGAUGAAUUUCACUUUAGUAAUGAUGCUGAUUCGUCAUAUGUAUAUAAGAAAGAGUUGCAACUAUUAGCAGAAAGACACAAAUUAAUAGUGGAGAAACAACAAUGUGAAAUUCAAUAUUUAAAACAGCUUUUGUUUGAGGAAAGGAAACUAAACAAUUAUUUAGCAUCCCAGAGUACUAGUACCAUUGUAUCUCCAGUAAGUAAUAGUUCAGCUAACUCUUCACCAAGUGAAUUUCAAAGUAUUAAAGUCAAAAAAGUCAGAUCCAAAUUUAUACCAUUAGAUAUAAUCUCCCAUCAAAACAUAAAGCAAUUUCAUUUGCAACCGCCCAACCUUGAAUUUGCUAAACCUAGACCUUCUCCCAUAUAUCAUUCAUCACAAACUGAUUCAGAAUUCGAUAAAACAAGCUUUGAUAUUAAUGAAUUAUCAGAAGAAUCCAUACGAAAGCCAUCAUUUUCUUCAUCAAUAUUCUCAGAAGCAGAUUAUAAAAAAAUGCAAUCAAGAAAUAAAGACAUGGUUCCGUCUAUUUCUUCUUCUUAUACCAUCCAUUCAAGUCCCGGUUCAUUUGUUUUCAACUCAGAUCAUGCUAAAGCAUCGAUCAAUACUUAA